AUGCCGCGGGAUCGACCUCCCACCACGGGCUACGAGCGCCUGGCCCAAGCCGACCAAUUCAGUGACGACUCGGACGAUGAUCCCCUUGCCGCCUCCUCUGCCUCCCUGCAGCCGGCCUCUGCGCCGCGCUUCGCAGCCAUCACACAGCCUCGCCAUCGCUCCGGCAUGAUGAGCCCCAAGGCCAACCAACGGCCCAAGUUCCGGAGACGUGGAGGUUCUCAUGGUGGCGUCGAUCUGAAGGCCAUCAAUGCAAGGCUGGAACGAUGGGCCGACGAAAUUGCUUCUCGAUUCAAGCGCGGCAAGGGCAAGGGCAUUUCGGGCGAGGAGGAGAGACUCGAGAUUCACCACUCCGUCUUCCAGCCUCCAGAGGGAGUGCGGCCCGUUACGGCGGAGGCACUGGCAGAAGACCAACCUGGCGUCAUGACCAAGGCCGAGUUUGAAGCCAUUGUGGAAAGUGUGCGCCUUGCCAUUCGACAAGAGGUCCACCCGAGCAUGAUUUCACAAGGGAGCUCUGGUAGUUAUUUUGCAAGGAAUCCGGAUGGCAAGAUUGUCGGCGUGUUUAAGCCAAAGGACGAGGAGCCGUACGCCGCGGGUAAUCCGAAAUGGAACAAGUGGAUUCAUAGGAACCUCUUUCCUUGCUGCUUUGGGCGAGCUUGUCUUAUUCCGAAUCUGUCGUAUGUCAGUGAGGCGGCAGCCUACGUACUCGACUGCCAACUCCGCACCCACCUCGUUCCCUACACAGACGUUGUCUGGCUAUCAUCAAAGUCAUUCCACUACCCUUUCUGGGACCGUCGCAGCUUCUACCGAAAGAAGAAGCCACUGCCUGCAAAGCCCGGUAGCUUUCAAGUCUUCCUCAAGGGCUUCAAAGAUGCAAACGUCUUUUUGCGGGAGCACCCCUGGCCUGACCAAUAUUGGUCCGGUUUCCGGGCAAAUGAUACGCAUAGGAGUCGCAGGAAGAGGUGGACAGAAAGCUGCCGUCCAUCUACAUCUGCGUCACCGGAAGAUGCCGAUUCCAGCGACGACGAAUCGCCAGAGGAUGCUGACGGGUCUGCCGGUCCGCCGCGCUUUACGUGGACGGAGCAAAUUAAGCAGUCCUUCAGGGAGGAACUUGAGAAGCUUGUCAUCUUGGACUACAUUAUGAGAAACACGGAUCGUGGGCUUGACAACUGGAUGGUCAAAGUUGACUGGGACGCGGGCACGGUGUCUGUGGCUUCGGACCCUGUACAGCUGAACAUGGAAACACCACAGGACGACCACGAGAAUGCUCCCCGACCCGUUGAUCUAGAGCAAAUGCCGCAGUCUGCUACCAGGGCAUCGUACCCCUAUAGGAGCCAGAGGCCCAUGAAUGCUUCGAGCAACAAAUUGGCAUCAAAGGAUCCAGCCAUUUUCCCGUUUGGCUGGCUUUUCCUUCCUGUAGACCUCAUCGGUCGGCCAUUUUCACAAAAGACGAGAGAUCACUUCCUUCCGCUCCUCACUUCUACAGCUUGGUGGGCUCAAACACAAAUGGCGCUCAAGCGAGUCUUCCAGGUUGAUGAAGAUUUCCAGGAGCGCAUGUUUGCCAAGCAGAUCGCCGUCAUGAAGGGUCAGGCUUGGAAUGUUGUGGAGGCACUCAAAACCCCGGACCACGGUCCUCUCGAGCUCACUCGUCGAACCAAAGUAUGCGUCUGGGAUGAUUUGGUCGAUGUGCCAGUUGCAGUCCCUAUGCGAGUGACAUCUUCUGAGCUGCGGCGCAACUCCAACGUUCGUCAAUCUAUGGACGAGGCCGACAUCGCUAGCUCUGUACCAGUCAAUCAAGACUCGUCGGCCGACCUCCUUGGACUACAGACCGCCCCGGUGGACAUGCCACGUUCUGGCCGAUUCGAUGAAAUUUCCAGCCCCAACGAAGACGGUGCCCGAUCACCCGACGAGAGACGAUCCAUGAACGGGCAUGACAGGAAUCCAUUAGGGAACCAGGCAGGAUCCCGCCCGCUAAACGUCUACGAUCCAGCUCGCCACGGGCCCUACCAACAGCGGAGAUACUCGUUUGCUUCACCGGCAGCUGCAAGGCGGAAUAGUAACACCAUAGCCCAACAGCUGUACGGCGACUCGCAUGAUUCGUACGACAGUGACGACCUCGAUGGGGACUUGGGUUUUGCAGCGGCAGAAGGACAAAUGGGCAAUCAGCGCAAGGUCAUCGUGGAGCGGCUUGAAGCCGUCAAGAGCAGAAACCCUGUCUUCACUUGGUGCUGA